GUGUCCAUGGUGGUCGGUGGUUGUUGUUAAAUGAUACAUUGAUAAGUUUUUUUUAACCUAAUAAUUCGUCGAUUGAUGGCAAAAGACGAAGUUGGCUUAUAAAUUGCAAACAGUUUCUAAUAUUAUAGUUCUGAAAACUCUAAGGAAUUCCUGUAUAAUGAAAAAUCAAUUGUGAUUUUAAUGAAACCUAGUUCCAAUUAUAUAAUAUGAUAAUUCGGGCAUGCAGUGAUUGAGUGAUAGUUAAAUAUGGUUGUAUUGGACAAUUAAAGAAUUUUCGCAUAUUUCCCGAAGCCGUUUGCAAUGGAGAGAAAUGGCACCAAAUUGCGAAUAAUCAAUGUUUUAUUUCUUUGAAAAAAGUGAAUAUUUUAAAAUGAAUGAAUAACAAUUCCUAUAAAGUGAAUCAUUGUCGAAUAUCGAUAGCGUAUCAUUUUUUUUCAAUUGUCCCCAACUUAUUGAAAGGCCUGUAAACUCGUCACAUGAAUAAUUGUUUCUAGCUCGCCUCCUGCCAUUGCUUUGUCUACUCCUUGAAGAGUGUAUAUUUAUUAUAAAUGGAUAAAUAUGUAUGUAGCCGUCGUUAGGGACAUGGAAAGGACGCAAGAACUUUCAGGAUAUACGAAUGGAGUAUGGUCGAUAUAUUGCUUUAAAUUUGACUUGGUUUCAAUUCAGUUCAUACUUUAUUUAUUGAGUCAAUUCUAGUGAAUUUAACUCCGCAUGGGGAAUUAUAUUGUACUCACCAAAGAAUGGGAGAAGUUAAUAUCACAUAACCUUCGCAACAUCAAGUGAUUGUUUGAUGGAAAACCAAAAACAGGACAGAUCGAAUAAUUCAAGUGUUGAUUGCAACGAGAUCUAUGGCAGCAAGCAGACAAACCUUCGUUCAACAGCAUAUAUAGAACUAAGUUCAAGAAGUCAAGUAAAAUAGUUGAUAUUACUCUAAUUAGGAUAUUAGAGGCAUACUACGAAAAUAUGAAUAGAUAUAUAACAUUGGGACAGUUAGGAGAUGGAACUUAUGGGACUGUUAUGUUGGGCCAGAGAAAGGAUACCGGCGAAAAGGUGGCUAUUAAGAAGAUGAAAAGAAAGUACUAUUCAUGGGAGGAAGCUAUGAAUCUAAGAGAAGUGAAGUCCUUAAAGAAACUCUCGCAUGCCAACGUAGUUAAACUGAAAGAGGUAAUAAGAGAAAAUGAUACACUAUACUUCGUUUUCGAAUACAUGAAAGAAAAUUUAUAUCAAAUGAUCAAAGAUCGCGACACUCACUUUCCUGAGAGCUCUAUUAAAAACAUGCUUUAUCAGGUUUUGACAGGAUUGGCAUUCAUGCAUCGUCACGGGUUUUUCCAUCGCGAUUUAAAGCCAGAGAAUCUUUUGUGUUCCGGACCUGAGUUGGUGAAAAUUGCUGACUUUGGUUUAGCCAGGGAAAUCCGUUCGCGGCCUCCUUUUACAGAUUAUGUAUCUACAAGAUGGUAUCGUGCUCCUGAAGUUCUACUUCACUCUACACGAUAUGGAAGUGCUAUCGAUUUGUGGGCAAUGGGAUGCAUAAUGGCAGAACUCUAUACAUUUCGACCUCUCUUUCCAGGCAGUAGUGAAGUGGAUCAAUUAUUCAAGAUUUGUUCUGUUUUAGGAACACCGGAGCAGCAUGAUUGGCCAGAGGGUCAUCGAUUGGCGGCUGCCAUGCAUUUUCGUUUCCCUGAAUGCAGUAAAGUGCCACUAAAUAGUAUUGUCACAAGAGCUAGUUUAGCAGGAUUGCAGCUACUUGAAGAUUUUUUGCGAUAUGAUCCAGAGAAGCGACCAACAGCUCAACAGUCAUUGAAAUAUCCAUACUUUCAAGUGACAAAGCGACCUUCGGCGAGCAAAAUAACAUACGUUGGAUCCCAGGUUAUUCCUGUUUCGCAGCUAUCAAAUAGCUUACAAAACGGCAGGAUAUCCAAUUUAAGUUUCGUUUCAAUGAAUCAGGAUAACUCAAUAAUGAAGAACGCCGAUAUGAGAGAGAGACCUACAGUUUUGGAUAGUGAAAAUUAUAAUACUACCAAUAACAAUUUGGAGACUGUUAAAUUGAAUAACGGUAUUCACUAUAGUGUAUUUAAUGGAAUAGCAGACGGUGGGAGUAGAAAAGGCAGCGAUUUGGCGUCAAUUCGGAAUGGUAUUCGAAAUCCGUUUCUUGUACAAAAAGAUAAGGACCUUUCCAACAUUGUAUUGAGAAGAAAUCUUCAGAACACUGGAAGCAUUACAAACCUUGAUGACUUCACAAAUGAAAAAAUCAGCGAUAUAUUCGUGAAUCGUAACCUUGGACAAGUUUUUGCCAGUAACAGUUUGCCAAACGUAUCUUUUAGUAAUACAAAAAUGACAACAACAAAUCCUAGUUUUACAAUUUUUGAAGCUCAAUCCCAGCAAUUACAACAGUUGCCUCAACAAAUACCAUUGCAACAACAAAAUGGUAUAAUACGAAAUCAAGUGCAAAAUAUUAACAAUAAUGUCUCAGGUUUCUUUCUGCACAAGCCAACUGUUGUGAAUAAUAUUAAUGGGAGUUUUGUUGAGACAGAUUCCUCGUCAGCCAAAGUGUAUAAUGCAUUUUCGAAACAGUCAUUUACUACAAAACCAUCAACGUUGAUUUUGGCUGAAGCUAUUGACAAAGUUUUAAAAGGCGAUACGAAUGGAAGAGAUGAGGAGAGAUCGAAUGCUACUGACGCAGUAACGCAGACAAAGCUAGUGCAAACUAAAUCAUGGAUUAGCCAGGAGGAAGAUGAAUUGGCUAAUAUUUUGGGCAGCAAAUUGAAGUCAACUAAUCUGCGCAAAGAUUCUAAGAGCAACUUGCAAAUCGAUGAUUUAUUCGGUACAUUAUCAUUUGCUUCGGAUUCAAAAAAUGGAACCAAAUAUCCGAACACCGUGCCAUUAACUAAGGUCGCGACAACAUUACGAAAUAACGCGUCAAACGCAUCAAAUGGUAUCUUAUCUGAACAGGACAGUGAUUUGAAACCGCCAUACUCAAGCGUCAGCAUUUUGCCAAAGGGACACACUUCCCACCCGCAAAUUUUCAUUUCAAAUAGGGGUCUUAAUAAUUUGUCGGACUUUAAAAAUCCAAAACUUUUCCCGUGGGAGGAAGUUGGCCACGAAACUGAUAAACUAAGCUCGUUACGUGCCUGGAUGGUAUCGGAUAACACCGGCUCUCUCAUAGAUGGCCGAAGUAUCAGUGAUGUUAAUCGUCGACCUGAUUGGGCUGCAAAGUACCUGAAUAAGUAAUUCUUAUAAAAAGAAAACAUUAAUUUAUCUAAAAAUAUUCGUUACUAUCCAUGUUCGAAAAGAAGUACUUGAAAGUUUGCCCACGAGGAAGAUUCUGUGAUAAGAUAAAGUUGAUUUCUUCUUUUUCUUUUCCUAUUCAUAUUAAACCCUAAGAUUUAGUGGAAUCAUUUAAUUUCUUAAAAAAAAGGAAAACAAAUUAGAUGGAGAUAAUCGUCUCCAUAAUGACAUAGUAGGCAAUUAUAAAGUAAAGAAAUAAAAUUCAUUAGGUUUAGUUAUUUACUUCAUUUAUGUGUACAUUGACCAGCUGGUUGCUACUAUUAUAAUAUACUUUAGUGGUGACAAGUUAUUUUAAAAAACAUGAAUUAUUAAAAAUAAUAAUUUCCAAUUUAAACAAUGCAAAUGUCAUGUAAAGAUUAGCGGAUAUCUUGUAUAUAUAGACAAUUUUACAAAGUACAUUUGGAAAUAAAUAUUUGUAAAUUUA